CGCUUAUGUGGUUUGGACUUCAGCCAAACAGACGCAUCCAUGGAUUCUCGCCGUCAUCACAAAUCGUGCUGCGCUGACUGGUGUCGGAAUUCUUCACGACACACCGGCAUAAAAUUCUUUCGGAUCCCGGUGGACGAAAGAUCCCGCGCUUGGCUUCAGUAUGCGAGACGGCAGGACCUGGCUCAUUUACCACCUCGUCAGAUCUACAGCAGCUACUGCCUGUGCUCUGCCCAAUAUCACCAGCAGAGACUACGCAGACCCUGGACAGACAAGGCUGCUAAAAUGUGCUGUGCCAACAGUUUCCAUCUUUGGCGAUGGGCAGACACAAGUCGAAAGUCCAGGCUCUCCUCGGCCCGCGAAUACCACUGCAAUGCCCGCUCACAGCGCCGAUGAAGAAGUUCAACAGACUGAGCCCUCAUGUUCCGAUCCAGCGGGUCGACAACACAAGCCUUCUAGGUGCUCACCCCGGACAGCCAGAAAAAUGAAGAACCUGGAGAAGGAGGACAUUGCAGCAGGGCCAGUACAUGCAGCAGUACCUGGUCUGCAUCGGGAGUCGGGGAAACCUGCAGAAACAUCGCCAGAGCUACGAUGUGAGCCAGGCCACGUAGCACACAAAUCUGUUCAAGUGCGACUACUUACCUGCCACGAAGCAUCACAAACAGAUGAAAAGAAAAUUCUGUCCACAAGCGGUACACAAACCGAGCCUCAAGCUGUUUCUUCAGGUUCCUUGGAUUUUGUGUCUCUGGAGCAGUCUUCUGCAUUGACAUCCGUGCAAGAUCGACUGCAUUCCUGCCGCAAAAAGGAGGGUCCCUUUUCCUGUGUCCACUGCAAUGCAUCGUUUGUGAUGAAAGGACGGCUCGUGAAGCACAUGCUCAUUCACACAGGACAGGCUCCCUUCCCCUGUGCUCACUGCAAUGCAUCCUUUUCUCAGAAAGACCACCUUGUAAGUCACAUGUGCGUGCACACCGGAGAGCGUCCCUUUUCCUGUGUUCAUUGCAAUGCGUCCUUUUCAAUGAAGGGCAACCUUGUGAUACACAUGCGCACUCACACAGGUGAGCGUCCCUUUUCCUGUGUACACUGCAAUGCGUCGUAUAUAAUGAAAUGCCAGCUCGUUAGGCACAUGGCCAUUCAUCCAGGAGUGUGUCCUUUCAUCUGUAUUCACUGCAAUGCAUCCUUUUCUCAGAAACACUACCUCGUAAGUCACUUGCGCAUGCACACUGGAGAAUGACCCUUCUCCUGUUUUCACUGCAGUGCAUCUUUUUUACUGAAACACCACCUCACAAAGCACGUGUCUCGACGUCAUGCAAACACGAUGCCACAAAUCUGACUGGCCAACAAGAAUUCUUCAAUAUAGAUUUCACUGUUGUAUCACCGAACGAGUGUGGGUAGCCACGUUCACUACAAUGCAAACAAAGAUUAGGGAGCGUUUGUUCAUUUAAAGAAGCUUCGUUAUCCAUAGGACUUUUGUAUAACACCCCGUCUUUCUAACAUAACGCUUUCCACACGAAUGCGGAAUGUCAUACACCGCAGCAAUGGCGCAGUCAACCUCUUCGGCCCUGUGCUUAACCUGGCAAAAACCCUUGCCGCACCAAGAUUAAUUUAAUUUCACUUAAUAAAUUGAUACCGCCUUUUUUUGGUCUUCAGUUUCAGUUUCUGGGCGCCGAAUGGGCCUGUGACAUGCCACUGUAGCUUAAUCACAUGGUCACACAAGGCUGUGAUGCACGUCCUACUGAUCGUCUGCUCUCGCUGGCUCUCCCACAAGCACACUCUGCACAAGCACCUGUAAAACAAACGUGUAGCAGUCGCAAUGCUUCGCCGGGCCUGGUACGUAUGUGGCGGAGGUCUCCGAAGGCAACUCGCCUCACUACAAUAGGCAUGCGCACCGGAGGGGGGUAAGGGAUGACCACUCCAAUAGUCACCUACAAGGGGAAAGGUGCAAACACAGUCCCACACAUUGACAUAAUAGGGAGGGAGCGCGAAGUCACACCCAUGCCGUCGCAUAGAGGGGGUGCGCUGCGAUGAAUCUUCGUCCCCUCAAAGAGAAAACCUACGCACGCCUACACUCACUACAGAUCUGGUGUGAUGUCACUGCAACUUUCGUCACCCUUCCUGCAAAGCUAUGACAGUUCUCGACGCGCUUGCAGUGGGCUUCGGUUGGGAGAAGUGUCGUCUGUUGUGUCUGAAGGUUCAUGUGGAGUGUCUUAGCAUAGAGAGGAAACCCACUAGAGGCUUGUAUUAGCCUUGAAAUUUGAUUGCACCGCCCCUUUAAACGGUGUGAGACACAAUGUAGGAUUGAAAUACUUUCUUGUAUUUUGUAAAUAAAAAACAAACAAGAAAGCAGGCAGUUCCUUCAAGCCCCAUGCUCAGAACCUCUUGCCUGCACCUUGACAUCCUGUAGAACCCUUUUAGCCAGCCUAGCCAAAUAGACCCCAGGAAACCAAGACAGUUUGAGCCAGUCUAAUGGCAUCUCGAUGCUUUCCUUCAUCCUGUGCAUGCAAGACUUCUUAAGCGCAGUCCUCAUACAUGUUGUCGUGACAUCAUUUUUCACAUUAGAGUGCCCGGAACGAAAAUCAAGAAAAGGCUUUUCACUUCUUGGAGCAUACAUCCAACAAGUAUGACACCCAUUGAGAAAGGCAAUAAUGUAAUGAAAUGACAGCAUAAGGAAAGCUUAGAGCUUGAAUAAAGUAGCAGAUAGGUGGGCAGCAGGCAAGACGUGCUGCUGGAAUGUGAAUAGAACUAUCAUGCCUGGCAGAGUAAUUUCACACUGAGAGGGAGUUCAACUCGAAAAGGAAGCAUACAGUGCUAGCCAAAGCUCCCACAGCGCUUGGCCAAGGAGCGGCAAUCCACUUGUAUCAUGGCUAUGCCAUUGUAAUCUCACCUCUCUUUUUUUUCCUCUCCUUGACAAAAAAACGAAGUAUAAAGAUGGUGCAUCAUGUUCCCGCGCUAUUUGCUCUUCGUAUUUUACAAUCGUGUUGCGUGCUGCAAGGAGCCAGUGCUCUGGAAAGUUAUGCAUCAUGCUAGCGACAACACUUGGAUAGAGACUGUAUGCUUGUCUCUAUUUUUUUUCUACAGAGAUAUUUUAUUGGGCAUUUACUAUGCCAUGAACACGCUGUGGCUCUGACAUCUGCGCAAGUGAAUUCACCGCAUACGAACAUGCUCAGAGUAGUAAAUGUAUGCUUUAAAAGUAAAGAUAUUUGGCAGAGAGCUGUCUGGGUGGUUGGCUAGGUGAAAAUUAUGGGAAAUGAAUUCUCUGGCCACUUUUAGUACUACUAGUUUUUAAUGUUAAAAUUAAAACUAAAGACUGACCCGACGUUUCAGGACCGAUUCGGUUCUGAUCUCAGCAGUGACUGUAAGAAACUGUGUGGUUCCCAAAACGUCGAGCCAGUUUAUUAGUUUUUAAUUUUAACAUUAAAAACUAUAGACUAAAGGUAGCUGGAAAGUUCCUGUUUGUUUGCACUACCAAGUUGCUCUAAUGAAUUUCUAUCAACAGGCCCGCCUAUCAACUCUUCUGCAACCAUUCAAGUGUUUAAUGCCAUGUGUCAUAGCAAUAGUGCAAUAUACCAAUGUAUGUCAUUGCUAUUGUGUAAUAAAAAGUUCAUGAACAAAAUGCUCAUAGUAGUUAUAAAGAUUUAACACCCCAAAAACCAUCAUAUGAAGCGUAGUGGAGGGUGUCAGAAAUUUCGACCUCGUGGGGCUCUUAAGCGUGCACCUUGAUCUCUUAGUACACAGGCCUCAGACGCUCUGCUCCAUUAAAACUGUGGUCGCCGCUGCUGAGAUAAAAUCCGGCGACCUGCGAAUCGGCAUUCAAGCACAGUAAUCAAUUUACCAUCAUGAUGGGCAGCAGAACUUUACCGCACACGCAUGAUGUUCAGGCAAUAAAACGUGUUCAUUGACUCUCGAUGUCUGACUGAUACGUAGAGAAAUGAAUGGAAUUUCGGUAAUUCUCUUCACGGUCAAAUCUUAAUCAUCAGGCCAAGCACAGACAGGUUCAAAAAUGCCAAAUAUUGAUGGCAAAUAACAAUAACUAUGCUCUACAAUGUAUCAAGCACGGCAAAAGGGCCCAACAUAAGCCACUUGCAGCCAAUGGCUAAGUGAACAUCGGCUGAAGAGCGGCAAAAGUAGCCCAACAAUACCCGGUCAAGGCCAACUUAGGCUGAAGGAUGGCAAUAUCGGCUCAUUAUUUGCCGGUGAAAGUUCUCUAUUGGAUAAAGAUUGGAAAAACCAGUCCAGUAUUAUCAGCUAACGGCUCAGCGAAUAAUGGCUUACAGCCGGCAACAUUAGGCCAAGAUUGGGCCUCGUAUAAUCGCCGUAAAACCAAUAGCGGCCCUACGUGGUGCUUCCUGGAGUUCGAUUUGUUUUUGGCAAUUAUGACAAGAUGCUUAGUAUGACAGAGAGCAAAAAAGAAACAUUAAAUAGACGUCUUUUUAAACACCGUCAUCCAAGUCUCAGAUUAAAAUUUCUUCCUUGCAUUUAUUCCAAGACGGGGAUUAUUAGGCAAUUGUGUUUUCAGCCACCCAACUAUGUUAAUCAAAAAUGUGAUCACCUCUAAAAAAUGCACGAGAUUCGCUUUAAGGGUGACACUUUACACUACUCUUUCUUUGUGCGCACAAUAAGACAUUAGAACAUUCUGACACCGAAAAAUGGCUGUGUUUGUUGAAAUGACAUUUUUUCCAUGUUUUACGGUACUAAUUAUGUUCUUUAUUAUGUAUACUGUAGCCUCUCUGCCAUAUGGUGAAGCAGGUACUUAAUAAAUAAAUGCAAUGAAAGAGGCAUGUAACUGACGUCUAAUCAAUCAAAAGAAUUUUCCCAAAAAGAUCUUUCAUUCUGUACCAUCCCAUGCUGUUGUAAAAUGCACUGCUUAGGAACAAAACCUUUCAUUUGCCUCUCACCUGUCUAGUAUGGUGACACAGCAUCUCUUUCUAGAAAAAUUGGGUAUGUCUGUUUGAGAUUAUACACAGCGAGAACCUCAACUUGCUGGCUGUAGGCAAUGUAUUACGAUUAUAAGGCUAUUUUGGAAUACAAUGACAAUGUCACUCGUUAACCUGGUAGCUUACCUCAGUGCAUUGACCAGUAGUGAAAGAAAUUUCAUCUGCUGCUUCAUGUGAACUUUGUAUGUCUAUUUCACGUGAACAUAUUAUUAAUGAUAGUUGCGCAGUUUUUUAUUUCUCCUUAAAAGAAGCAAGGCCACAUAUUCAUGAAAAGAAUGAUUAUGAGUGGGCGAAGCUGUGCAAUAAGUCAGUGUUACCUUAAAUCGCUUGCAACAUUGCAAACACUCACGAAUCUAAAUGCGUGCCUAGCAGUGUGCUGAUUCCCUGUGCCAUUUUUUGUGCUUUGUAAAUAUAAUAUGUUUGUUCUGAUUGUGAAUAAAUGGCAUCAUUUUUUCUCAUGUCUA